UUCGCAAAAUGUAUCUCCGGGAGUGUGGAUAUAUAAUGCAGAUGUUGCCUGGUUGCAGGUGCAGUCUCUGUCCUCCCGGCCAAAGUCCUGCGAAGUUCCUGGAAUCAAUAUAUUCCCUUCUCCAGAGCAGAAUGCAGGUUUGUCUCACUACCAGGGCACUUUAAACACUGGCGGGUCUCUGCCUGACCUCAGUAACCUGCACUUCCCCUCUCCGCUGCCCACUCCUCUGGACCCCGACGAGGCUGGAUAUCCCAACCUGAGCGGAGGCAGCAGCACCGGCAACCUCCCCGCAGCCAUGAUGCAUCUGGGCAUCGGAAACUCACAAGGGCUGUCAUCCUCUCUAAGCAACCCUUCCAUCCAGGCGUCCCUCACCAACUCUCAGCUACACUCAUCUCUCAGCAAUCCAUCAAUCCACACAUCUCUGCGUCUCUCCUCGCUGUCCAACCCUCCUCCGACGGGCCUGGCGAGUUCACCCAGGAGAAGGCCGGCCCCCAUUAGUCCCCUGACACUCUCUCCAGGGG